AUGAAGGUCUUCCACAUCGUCUUUUGCAUAUCAGUGGCUUUUGGAUCACUUGGCCUUCCGGAGGAUGAAAUGGAUGCAAUGAAUGCUGCCUUUCUGGAAGAUGACCUCUGUGAGGGUGAUUGCAGCCUGAAGCUUCUACAGAUUAAAGGCGCCAUCGAGGAAGAGGAGGUCUGCCUUGAAUGGAAAGAGUGUCCGGUGAACUCGGAAUACUAUAUGGGCAAGAGGUGUAAUGAGCAACACCUUGUUUGCAGUCGUUAUGGAAAGCAACAGAAGCGCCAAUGCCUGAAAUGGGUGAACUGCAAGAACAAUUGCUACUGUGCCCAGUGGGCAAAGCUUCUUGAAACCUCAGAAACUGGUGGGAAAGCAGACCGGGAUCUGGGAGUGCCAGAACCAGAGGCAGAACCUCUUGAUGAAAUUGUACAGGUGGAAGUCCAAACCGUCCAAACCGUCCAAACCCAAGAUAGUUGA